AUGUACGACCGCAUCCAAUUGCUACUUCACAUUAUCCGCAAGCUCGGUGGCCAUGAAAUUACUGCUGACAAGUUGAAGGAAGUUGCUAGAAAUAACAAGGGGAACUUGGAGCACCCAAGCGAUGUCGAGAUCAUCUAUGAGAUUCUUCGGGUUCGAAAGAUGGAGGAACAAUUCGAGCGACGUGAAGUUGGUAAGUGCCGAACACUCCUAAGCGUGCCUUUCGGUAGCUAA